AAUUACAUGCUGCCACCUCAUUAUUGAAACGAGAUUUUUAUCAGGACUCAGGGGUACUCAGUCGCCGACCACUUGUUCUGUUCUGUGGUUCUCACUCUCACAGUCACAUCCUGAGAGAAUCCAAUCAUGGCGGCCACCAGAGCCAUAGCCGUGGCGAGCAACACUACCGCCUCCUGCUUGCUCUUCAAGAGCCCCUUCCUAUCGAAACAUACGCCGUACAACACCAGUCUCCGUUUCAAGAAUCUAAGGGCAUCGUCCCCGGCAAAGAGGUUGUUUACUUGUAGAGCUAUUUACAAUCCCGAGGUUCAGAUCAAGGAGGAGGGUCAGCCUGAAACGCUAGACUACAGGGUCUUCUUCGUCGAUAAUUCUGGCAGGAAGAUUUCCCCUUGGCAUGAUAUUCCGCUGAGCUUGGGUAAUGGUGUUUUCAACUUUAUUGUUGAAAUCCCCAAAGAAUCAAGUGCAAAGAUGGAGGUAGCCACUGAUGAGCCAUAUACUCCCAUUAAGCAGGAUACGAAAAAGGGGAAGCUUCGAUACUAUCCCUACAAUAUAAAUUGGAAUUAUGGAUUGCUUCCGCAGACAUGGGAAGACCCAUCCUCAGCUAACUCUGAAGUUGAAGGGGCAUUAGGGGAUAACGAUCCAGUUGAUGUUGUCGAGAUUGGUGAGAGUCAAAGAAAGAUUGGCCAAGUUCUUAAAGUCAAGCCCUUGGCUGCUUUGGCCAUGAUUGAUGAAGGGGAACUUGACUGGAAGAUAGUUGCGAUUUCAUUGGAUGAUCCAAGAGCGUCUCUUGUGAAUGACAUUGAUGAUGUUGAGAAGCAUUUCCCAGGAACUCUCACUGCGAUUAGGGAUUGGUUCAGAGAUUACAAGAUUCCUGAUGGGAAACCUGCUAACAAGUUUGGUCUUGGAAACAAAGCAGCAAACAAGGAUUAUGCUCUUAAAGUCAUCACCGAGACAAAUGAAUCGUGGGCUAAACUUGUUAGGAGAUCGGUUCCUUCUGGAGAACUUUCACUUGCAUAGAUGCAUUGGCAGACUGCAAGGUAGUGUGCUACAGGCGGGGGACUGUUAGUGACUCACCAGAGAUUUUCCUUUUAGCAAGUGAUUCCCCAGCAAUAUGUUAUGUUCAGGCCAAUGCCAUUUUUUCCCAUUAUGGAGCAGGAACGAUGCAUCAUUCAUUUGCUGAUCUUUUUACCAUCAAUGCUUGUAUGAAAACAUUAAAGUUGUCCAUUAUCAAGCUGGAUUUGAACUCUUCUAUCUGAUUACAUUUUUCUUGGUAA